AUGUGGAGAAGGGAACCGUCACCUCAACUGCAAGCAUCAUCCUCGCUCGGCCCCUUGCCGCCUCUUCCCGAGACUGCACCACCGCACGGAGCCAUGUACGAUGACCCGUAUGCCGCCCAGCACGUCGCGGCUCAGCAACAGCAACAGCAGGGGCAGGGGCAGGGGCAGGGGCAGGGGCAGCCGGGACAAGCUCUAGAUGGUCAGUAGGCUUCUGAUCGUAUCGCGCUAUUCCUUCCUGAUCCGGUGCUGGUGGGCAUGCGAUUCGGGUCGCUCUUGUGCAGUGUAUGGAAUGCCGAUCGAGUCCAAGCGAGACAAGCGACGGCGAGACAUGGUCGAGCGCGUCGCACGCCUGCACGAGGAUACCAUCGCCCGAAGAGACAGGUCAGUUGCCUUCACCGCCAUCCCCUACAUGUUACCUAUGCACGGCAUCGUGCCCCCGGAAGGUGGGGCCCGCUCGCAAUCGUGCCCAUUGCCCACGCCCACCACGCCCACGCCCUGCGCCUGCGCUGCUCCGCAUUGACGUCCGACCGCCGGCCCGCUCGAGCCAGCAAGUUCGUCACGCCUCUUUCGCCCAACCACGCGCGGCAAGCGGCAAGCGGCGCCCGGGCUUUCGGUUCCAAGCGCGCCUGAGCCUCGGAGAGCAAUCGAGGCGCUCCUCUCUCUGCGGACCCCUUUUGCUGACUUGGAGAUGCGAACGCGUUCCAUACACCCACAGAGUCUUUCAUGAACUGUCCGACAUUUUCGCCCGUACGACCGAAGAGUUGCUGCCCCCACCCGUCUUCCCCAAUGCAGGCGACCCCUCGGCUCCGGUCGAAACCUUGCCCCCCUCACUCGCCUGCACCGACCCCGUCAUCCCCGACAUGCACCCGACCCAAUUCCUCUUUGGGUUGCACCGCCUGUCGAUGGAACGCUCCAACCAACUCGUCGCGACCAGGCUCUUUCAUGCGCACCAAAAGACGGUUGCGCGGAAACUGUACGAAGCCGAGGUCGAAAGGAUUGAGGAAGAGUACGAGUCCGCGGCCAAGGGGGUCGUCGAGAGGUUGUUGGAGGGCGUCGAGGAGAGGAGACGGAGGUUGACUGAGGAAAAGGAUGGCGAAGGUGUCACAUUAGGUACGCGUCUGACCCCGCGCGAGCUCUGCCACGCCCGUAUGGUGCUUGAGCAUCCGUAGCUCACCCCAUCGUCCCAUUGUUCCGUCCACAGACACCUUCCUGGAUCCCCAAGCUCGGUCACACGGGACGAGGCGCAUGCGAGGUAUUCCAAGCUCCUCGUCGCGUCGAGCGCUGUUCUCCUCGCUCGAUUCGUCCGACGUUAGCGGCGCCGGCGUCUCGGGUGAUGGUGCGAACGACGCAGGUCCUUCGUCCGCAGUCGCCAACGGUCUAGGUGGCAUCAGUUCGACGCACAUGCAUUCUCUCCUAUCCUUCAACGGCGUUCAAGAUCCAUUCCACCUCGCACAGGCGUUCCUUCCUCAUCCAAAUCACCCGACUUCGCACCCUUUGCUCUCCUCGCUCGCGGCCUCGUCAACGAUGUUGGUCGGUGGCUCGAUGGGCCUCUUACCCGGAUCAGCCUCGAAUGCUGCUUCGACCCUCUCGGGAGGUGGAGGACAUUCUAUGAAGCGCAAAUCUGGAGUACCGAGGGCCCAACCGGGCUUACCACCUACGAAUUUCACCGUCGCUGUUGGAGUUUAUGCGUUCCAGAACAAGUGUCAACCUGGUCUCAGUAGUCUGAGAGUGGAUGAGGUUGAGUUGGAUUUGGGGGAGGUGAGGAGGAAGAAGGCGAGGACGGGGACGGGAGGCGCAAAUGGGACUGGAGGUGGGGGAAGAGGGAGGAGAAGGGAGGAAGUGUGUUGA